CCAGCAGUGCGCCCACCUGUGCCCAGCAGUGCACCCACCUGUGCCCAGCAGUGCACCCACCUGUGCCACUCUGCAGUGCCACCUACCUGUGCCCAGAAUCAGUGCCGCCAGUCAGUGCCCAGCAGUGAUGCCAGUCAGUGCCGUCUAUCAGUACCCAUAAUCAGUGUCGCCUAUCAGUGCUGCAUAUCCAUGCCGCCUAUCCGUGCCACCUCAUUAGUACUGCCUAUCAGUGCCCUUUAGUGCUGCCUAUCAGUGCCCAUCAGUGCUGCCUCAUCAACGCACAUCAGUGAAGGAGAAAAAAUACCUGUUUGAAAAAUUUUAUAAAAGAAACAAAUAAACUUUUUUUUUUCAAAUUUUUUGCACUUUUUUUAUUUAUAG